AAGCUGCUGCCGCUCGGCCUUUGACAGCUGCGGCUGAGCCUCGCAGCAGCGGUGCCGCGCAGCCCUCCGCGCUCCCGCGCCUCGCUGCUGCCCCCUCCUUGGCGGCUUGCUGGGGAGCCCCCUGUCGGCCCCCGGCGGGGCAGGAGGCGGUGGGGUGGGCGCCGCGGCGAGCCCCGACCAUGCACUGCUACCUCCUGAGCGUGCUCCUCAGCCUGGACCUGGCGGCCGUGGCGCUGAGCCUGUCGACCUGCAGCACCCUCGACAUGGAUCAGUUCAUGCGCAAGCGGAUCGAGGCGAUCCGGGGCCAGAUCCUGAGCAAGCUGAAGCUCACCAGCCCCCCGGACGAGUACCCCGAGCCCGAGGAGGUGCCGCCGGAGGUCAUCUCUAUCUACAACAGCACCCGGGACCUGCUGCAGGAGAAAGCCAACCACCGAGCCGCCACUUGCGAGCGGGAGCGCAGCGAGGAGGAGUAUUAUGCCAAAGAGGUUUACAAAAUUGACAUGCUGCCGUUUUACCCCGAAAAUGCCAUCCCACCAAGCUAUUACAGCCUUUACUACAGAAUUGUAAGAUUUGAUGUCUCAGCGAUGGAGAAAAAUGCUUCCAACUUGGUGAAGGCAGAGUUUAGAGUCUUCCGUUUGCAGAAUUCAAAGGCACGGGUAUCUGAGCAACGAAUAGAACUGUAUCAGGUUGUUAAAUCCAAAGAAUUACCAUCACCAGGACAGCGCUACAUUGAUAGCAAGGUAGUUAAAACAAGAGCUGAAGGGGAAUGGCUAUCUUUUGAUGUCACUGAUGCUGUACACGAAUGGCUCCAUCACAGAGACAGGAAUCUUGGAUUUAAGAUAAGUUUACACUGUCCAUGCUGUACCUUUGUGCCUUCAAAUAAUUAUAUCAUCCCAAAUAAAAGUGAAGAGCUUGAAGCAAGAUUUGCAGGUAUUGAUGACUCCUACACAUAUUCCAGUGGUGAUGUGAAAGCUUUAAAGUCCAGUAAGAAAAAAUACAGUGGGAAGACCCCACAUCUUCUGCUAAUGUUAUUACCCUCCUACAGACUUGAGUCGCAACAGCCCAGUCGGCGGAAGAAGCGUGCUCUAGAUGCUGCCUAUUGUUUUAGAAAUGUGCAGGAUAAUUGCUGCUUGCGUCCACUUUAUAUUGACUUCAAGAGGGAUCUUGGCUGGAAAUGGAUUCAUGAACCCAAAGGGUACCAUGCUAAUUUCUGUGCAGGAGCCUGCCCAUAUUUAUGGAGCUCUGAUACUCAGCACAGCAGAGUACUGAGUUUAUAUAAUACGAUAAAUCCAGAAGCCUCUGCCUCUCCAUGCUGUGUAUCCCAAGAUUUGGAACCCCUCACCAUCCUGUACUACAUUGGCAAAACACCAAAAAUUGAACAGCUUUCCAACAUGAUUGUGAAGUCAUGCAAAUGCAGCUAAAAGAUACCCCUGAAAUGGCAUGUUGUGUGUGUAUUAAAAAAAAAACAACCAAGGAUAAAAGAAAAAGGGAGAGAGAAAAGA